UAUUAUUCUUCCACGGUUGUCUUGUAAAUGGAAACAUAGUUUCUACUUGAGAGUUCUCUAAGUUGGAUGAGGAUUGCGACCACCAUGCCAUUGAGGAAAUUGAUCUCGUGUGUCGUCUUAGAUUUGGAUGGUACACUCCUCAACACGGAUGGCAUUGUCAGUGAAGUGUUAAAAGCCUUUUUGGGUAAGUAUGGCAAGCCAUGGGAUGGCAGAGUAGCUCAGAGAAUAGUAGGGAAAACACCUAUUGAGGCUGCAGCUGCUAUUGUGGAGGAUUGUGAGCUACCCUGCACGGUGGACGAACUUAUAUCAGAACUUAAUCCGAUGUUCUCUGAUCAAUGGUGCAACAUUAAACCUCUUCCAGGUGCCUCACGAUUGAUUAAACAUUUUAAUGGUCAUGGAGUGCCAAUGGCAUUGGCUUCAAACUCUCCGAGGGCCAGUAUAGAAGCCAAAAUAUCCUAUCAGCCAGGCUGGAAAGAAUCCUUUUCUGUUAUCAUUGGCAGUGAUGAAGUGAAAAUGGGGAAGCCAUCUCCUGAAUUAUUCCUCGAAGCUGCUAAAAGGUUGAACAGUAAACCUUCCUGCUGCCUUGUCAUUGAAGAUUCAUUACCAGGUAUUACGGCUGGUAAGGCUGCUGGAAUGGAAGUAGUUGCUGUUCCAUCCCUUCCAAAGCAGUCACAUCUAUACACCUUAGCAGACGAGGUCAUCAACUCUCUGUUUGAUCUACAACCUGAAAGAUGGGGCCUGCCACCAUUUCAAGAUUGGGUAGAGGGUAUUUUACCAAUUGAACCUUGGUAUAUUGGAGGACCUGUCAUUAAGGGAUUUGGUCGUGGCUCAAAGGUACUUGGAAUACCCACAGCUAAUCUAUCCACAGAAGGCUGUUCAAAAAUCCUCUCUGAAUAUACAUCAGGGGUGUAUUUUGGUUGGGCUGGGCUAUCAACACGCGGUGUCUACAAGACGGUCAUGAGUAUUGGCUGGAAUCCAUACUUCAAUAACACGGAGAAGACCAUUGAGCCAUGGCUACUUCAUGACUUUGAUGAGGAUUUCUAUGGUGAGGAGCUACGCCUUACCAUCGUUGGUUAUAUUCGACCAGAGGCCAAUUUUUCGUCUCUUGAGAGCCUGAUAGACAAAAUUCAGGAGGACAGGAGGAUUGCAGAGAAGGCCUUAGAUCUUCCCCUGUUCACAAAAUACAAGAAGGAUCCCUACUUGUCAAUCUCUUUGCAGAAUAAUGAACAUCAUUCAUGAUAUUAAACAGUUCUGUGUCCC